CUGAAGAAAGAGGAGACAACCAAUUUACUACUUACAGCGUCAGCGCGCCUCUGGAAAGUCAGCUUGUCAGUUACAGCAGCGCGUCCCCUGAACGAUAACGAAGAGGUAACUUUAGGUGAGAAGCCUGACCACGGAGACCGGGGUGAGAAGGUGAUGAAGCGUACUUCAUGAGCUGUAACCGAAAAACUACUGGCUUUUGGAAAGUUUGAGUCUACCCAAGGAGAGCACCACACGACUCUGAAGAUCGGUCCCAUCUCCUCUCAAUCCCUCAUUCAUUGGUCACCAGAACACACAAGGCAGCCGUUGCUGAGAAAAUGCAGUGUCAGAGAGAGAAGAUAUUCAUAUUGAUCCUCUUUGCUGCGCUCUCUCACAGGGUGACUCAGGCAAAGGUAAUGGACAUGGUUCCUAAUGCCGUGGAUGACCAGUACACUCACUGUCGGGUGCAGAUGCUGAAGAAGGUUGUGGAAGGGGGUCUGCUGGAAGAAGAACUGAAAGGCAGUAUAGAGUAUAGUUCUGCCUGGGGGGCAAAGCAGUGUACGAAGUUAAUCCCGGGAGGCGUCAAGCAACACACGGCUGCAUUGGUGGCUUAUGGACAUGGGGGAAACGUGUUCAGAAAGAUUUUCAACAAUGCAGUGGAGACUCAGGGUGGGAAUGUCAAUGUCUAUAACAGAGAGUUCCGGUUCAAAUCCCUCCACUUCCUUCUAAUGGAUGCCAUGAGGCUUUUGAAGACAGAGAAGUGCCAAACUGUGUUUCGUGGCACAAACCAAGAGUAUGAGGCAGAAGUAGGGUCAGAAGUGCGGUUUGGGAGGUUUACCUCAACCAGGGCCAAACGUUCCAACUCGGAGGAAGAUGUUUCAGACAAUGGGAUCCUUUUCAACAUCACUUCCUGCACUGUAGUCAACAUGGAUGAGUACAGUUGCUUCUCAGAAAGCAUUGAUCAGCUGAUAUCCCCAGCAGAGGUGUUUAGGGUGGCUGAGGUAAAGAAUGUAAGAAAUACAGAUCACAAGCACAGAGAGAUCGUUUUGACAAGUUCAAGGACUCACAGCAUUGACAGCAUCCGCGACUGUUACCUCUUCCCCAGAUCUCCUACAAGUACGAGUCCUCCAUCAAUCACCCCCAAAGGCUCCUCUACUCAAUGGCUUGGCAGUAGCCUCUCUGUUCUUGUGGUUGUAUCUCUCUCUAUCUCCCUGAUCACCAGGACUGAUCGUCUCUGAUAAACUAAAGUGUUGAAUGCUAAUAGAUGCGGUAAUGAAGUCAAUGGAACGCAGACCGUGGGGGAUAGAAGGACGCACAUUCAACCAAUCUGAUCUAACAAAAUAGAUAUUUGUUAAAUCGUAAUUUUUUUAUAUAUUGUAACAUGCCCAGAAUGUGGUUACUAAAGUCUGAUUUGGAUAUAUUUGUCUGUUUUCGCGGCAUAACAUUUAGAAAUAGUCCCUUUUCAGGUUUGGAAGAAGUGACUGCUAAAGGCUAACUCCCAUUCAUAUAGACUGGUAGCAUAGCUAGCAUAUAGAAAUCGAUGGUGGUAGUCAAAGUCGGUUUUAACUGUAAUGCAGUUUCUUGGUGAUGAUGACAUCAACAUGUAUUCGGGUUGACAUCCAUACCAGCAUUAUUCUCAGAUUUUUACCUCAACAUAGUGUGAAACACACAUAAACAAUAGCCUAAAUAUGGGCUAAUUUUGCUGGUGGCCAUUGAGGAGAUUCUGGAUCUUUCCCCCACGACAACUUUUACCCCAUGCGUUUCCAUGGCAUUUCCAUUGUUUUGGUCGCGUUCCAUUGACCUCUUGACUGCAUCUAUUGAAAAGGACAAACACACACACACACACACACACACACACACACACACACACACACACACACACACACACACACACACACACACACACACACACAAUUGCAUGUAUGUAAUAUCAGUGCAUGCAGACACAUAGAUAUUCAUCAAAUGUGACAAAGCGCUAACCCUGCCAAAUCCCUCUUAGCAUAAUGAUAUUCUCUUGAAAAAUGUAUUUCUUUGCAAUUCAUUUUUUUUGUAAAAAAAAAAGAUAAUGGUCAAUAGAUAAUAUUUGAUAAGACGUUUUAAACAAUAUGGUAUGCAUUUAGCAAAUAUUUUGGUAUCACAACAAUUGAGUGAGUGGUGUCCAGUUUUCAUAGAUGUAAUUGAAUUUUCCUCUUGUUUUGUUAUUGAAUAAAGAAACAAGUUGAGCAUU